UCAGAUGAACAAGCUCCAGAACGCCGAUGUUUAAAUUUAGUUUUGAAAAGUUAAACAUUCCCGAAAUCGAAAAUUGUAAAGUCUCUCCGACGUCUGAUCCCCGUACACAAAAAUGGUAAAGCGAUACAAAACGUCUCGCUCGAGAACGGCCAGUGAUGCCGGUAGCGGAAGUGCCAGAUCCAAGGAAUCCGAUCAGGUCUAUUGCGUACUGCUCCAUGUAGUCGAAGCAAUCAACUUCCAAAGUCAUGAUGCCGUCGAUCGCGAGCAUAUAGUGAUGAACGCUGCCCUUAACACUGUGGACUUUGAGGUUGAGGGAACCCAGUCGGCCGAAACUAUCAUUUUCAACAGCAACUGUAUUUGGGAGUGCGACCUGGCCGGAAUCAAGCGCAUUAAAACGGAUCACCGUCCUGUCAAAAUGACUUUCUAUGCCUGUCGUGGUGGCGGUGCGGAACGGAAAACCGUCGGCACCCUCCUCUUGCCCAUUCGAGGAAUUCCGGUGCUCAACACUGCUGACAACAAGAACAGUCCCCAUCUAAAGAUGCUCUGGCACAAGCUCAUUUGUAUCAGCAGCGAGUUCCGCUCUCUUAAGCCGGAAGUUCUUCUCAUGCUCGCUAUUAUCAAGAAAUCCAUCUUGCACACCAAAGACUUUGACCACAUUAUGCAGUUCACUGAAGAAAAAUCACCACCCACGCCACCAAUGCAGUCGCCCGGUCACUCGAUAACUGCCAGCAUGCUGCAGUCGCAGGCCAACGUCUAUGUACAGUCGUUGGUGCAACUGGGCCUGCUGCAGGUGGGCAAUGAUCCGUUGGUCGACUGCGACAUCAUCGAAGUGGUGCUGCAGCUGAAGCAGCUAAAGAAUGUGAUCGGAUUAAUUAAGUCACUUAGCCAGAGUAAGACCCCCGGCUCCGUGAUCCUUGUGUUUGACUUUGUAGGAAAUGUAACCAACAUCGAGUUAAAGCUGAACGAAUCUGACUCCUACCCACUUAACGAUGUGCUAGGGCUGCGAUUCAAGACAUCCUUACGCAGCAUGCGGCUAUACUUCCAGCGCAUAUUCUAUCUGCCCAUCAACAUGUAUAUGAACGGAACCGCGAUAGCCAACUACCGCAUGAACUUCACCGAUCUUCUGCCUCCGGACAACUACUUCUCGGACAAUAGAAAGUAUACCCAAGACGGCUUCUUUGUCUUUAAUCGAUUUGGCAGAGUGGAUAGCGGUAGGGGGUCCAAACCGCCUAUGAUGGAGUAUAAUUUUAGUGUGGACCUAAAGACAAUAUAUUCACGUCAAGGUCAGGAGGAGCCUAAUCAAACGGUUUCAGGCGAGGUUGUCAGGGAGUUGCCUAAAGAAAGUAAUGAUGUUACUUUGACGUCUCAAAACACAGCUUCUUCAGAGAGUCUUAAUGUGGGUGCGGAGAUAUCAGUCUCAGAAGAAACCCACGAACCUUCGCCCUUUGAGCUUAAACAGGACUCCGAUGGUCCAGCGGAUCUACAAAAGGCAAAGAUAAGGCGCAAGAAGUCCGCUCAAUUGAGUAGAGUCGAGCCGAUCCUGGACAGUGACGAUGAACAGUAUCAGAAAAAAAAGUUCUUAGCUUCAGUUGGUCGAGAGAUUCUCAAUUUAAAUCAAAAGGAAAAGGCAGCUCUUUCAAAGCCUGAUGAAAUUAACAUUCUGUCAGAGGAAUCUGACAUGGAAAACGAUGAUCGAUAUGCUAUAAGGAAGCCUGCUGCAAAGGAAUCAUCAAAACCAAAACUUAUUACACCUUUACCAAACAAAUCCAAAAUUAAAGCCAAGGAAUCUGAAAAGUUUCUUAGAGAAUCUUCCUAUUUACCAAGUCCGCCAGUGGAGAUAAACGAUUCGAAGAACUUUGAAGAAAUGAACUCCCUAGACUUGUUUGAGUUGGAAGAAAAGAAACUAGCAAUGGAAGCCGAACUGGAGUUUCUCCGUAGGCAAAUGAAGGAAGGUCAAAUUGAAUCAUCACAGGCGUCGGCGGAGUGCCAAAAAAGAAAAACCAAAAUCGUUAAUAUUGAAGUUCAAAAUAAUGAAAGCCACCUAAAAUUAAAUGAGGUCAUAACAAAAUCGCCAAGUAAAAAAUCCUACGAUGAUAAAUUAAGCAAAGAAAAAUUAAAAACAAGUUCAAAAACGGAAGUUCUGUUAACAAAGGAAAGUCUUUCUAAAUUGAGAGACAAACUGUCUUCUAAAAAACAUUCGGAAAGUAAAGAUUUAGUAGAGACUAGCUAUGAACAGAGUGACGAAGACUUAAACUACAGUCUUGUUCUUCCUGAAAAACGAAAUUCAUCUAAGGAAAAAAUAAUCAAAAAACCGAGAAUCAAGACUGUAAAAGAGGAUACGGACUUGGAAACUGAUAUAAGUUUACCUAGAAGCCGAAGUAGAUUAAAAACCAAAUCAAAGCUACAGAUUUCCGAGGAACUUGAAGACCUUGAAGAUACUUCCACCAGUACUAAGGAAACCAGAAAACUUAAAACAUCCAAGGGUGACCUUAACCUUCGGGCCCGCUGGGUAGAGGUCAACAAGGUGCAGGCGAAAGCUUUGGGUGAAACCGAAAAGUUUCUAAAGGAAACCUGUCCCGCCGAGCUAGAUGAGAUUCUUUUCGAGGAUCAGAUGGAACUCAGUCUGAGCAAACCUCUUAAAUCGAAAAAGAAAAUUGUAAAAACCAAGCAACCCACGGCCAAAAGCGUUGAUUAUGAAAGCUCAUAUAAGGAAGAAAUUACUUUCUGUAAGUCUAAAAAGGAUCUCCUGACUGGGCUAGUCGAGAAUCCAGUGCACCAGGUGGAAAUUGGGAGCUCUGAGGAAUACAUCUCCGUAUCGGAAGGUAAUUCUAUAGCAGCUGAAAUCAUGUAUUCCGAAACAGAACAUCGAGAUGUUCGAUUCAGGCUGGCUCAUCCUAAAAAAGAUCAUGCAAAGAAGUUAAAAAUUUCUUCAGGUGGGGAUCAGGCAACCGAGAUGGAUUCCUGGGCAUCUGAAGAAUAUGCUGAGGGCAGCUUGAGAUCCACUACCCAACUUAAAGAAGAUCGCGCAAAUAAGAAGAUCAGCAUUACUGUAGAUGAAGAUCAGGAUGAUUUCAAAAUGAGCGAACGGAUCCGUUCUGGAACCGAACGAUCUGAAAUACUUCGUGUAAAAAAGAAGAAAGCUACAUCAAGUGAUCAGCAAUUAGUUCAGAUAGAAUUUACCAGCUCCGAAGAACUUAUGUCGGUGUCGGAGGCUAAUGUUCAAACAGCUGAACUCAUAAAUCCAAAUAUUGAACACCGAGAUGCACGAAUCCUGAAAAAGAAAGUUAAGAAGAUUUUGGUAAAAGAAGAUCCUGCGGUCCGAAAUAAUGAAAGCUUGGAAGAGGAACCAGUUAGGCCUAUCAAAAAGAAGAUAAUCAGAAAAAAGUCAUCAGUUAUAUCAGACAACAUUGUACCUAAUGAAAAUAUAAAUCUACCUGAAGAUGAGGUGCACACUAAGGUUAGAAAAAUUGUUAAAAAGAAGACGAAGCCCGUGACUAGCAACUCAUCGGUAGAGGAAAAUCCGAAAACUAAAAAAUUAGUAACUUCCCAAAAAGGUUUUAAGAAUUUGACCACCUCUGAGGAGGAUUUUAGCAUCGAACAACCUCUAAAUAAGUCAAAUACAAUAGGUCAAAAGCUAAAGUCCUGGCGAAGACAACAAAUAGAUACCUUUGAGAAGGAACUGGCGCGCAAAGAGUUGGAAUUUAAGAGCCAGUUGGAGGAGAUGGAAAGUAAAGAGGCCCGCAGACAUGAAAUAAACAAAGAGGUGGCAAAUCUGGAUGAAACUUUUACCAACAAUAGAACUCAUUUUUCGGGCAUUGACUAUGAGGAAAAGUUUAAAGAACUAGAGGAACACAUUGCCCUAUUAAAAUCGGAGAUGGAGGAGCAGGUAAAACUCUUUGAGGAUCGAAGUAUGGAGCUGCGACAGGAGAAUCUUCAGCUGUAUACUGAGAAAACGGAACUGAAGGUCCGCAUUGCGGCCAUGGAGCAGCAGAUUUGUGAUCUUAAGGCCCAGGGAUCGGACGAGGGAGAUCUUAAGCAGGUACUCGGAGAACUAAGGUGCCAGCAUUAUCGGUAUAAUAGUCUCGCCCGUCAGAAGGACUUAUACAGAAAGCGGUGGCGAAGAUCUGCCAAACGAGUUCACGCCCUCAAGCAGGCCAUAUACGAACGAAGUAUAGAAAGGGUUCAGGAUAGCAUUAAAGUCGAGCCCAUUAACCUACGACAGAUCUUGACCAAGGAUGCCAUGGAAUUUGAGCGGGAGUACGGAAUGUUUCGUCAGAACGGCGAAUCACCGAGAUAUCCCUUCAGCGCGCAGUCUGGAUCCGGUGAUUUCUCACCUCCAACCAUGACGAUUUGAGCUGUCGAUCUUGACAAGAUAUAUUCCUAGAUUUUACCAAAUUAACUGUGCCAAUUUUCUAUUUAGUUUACUUUAUUGAGUUUUGAUCGUUUUUUAGAAUAAAAGAAUAUAUACUAG